AUGGCAUCCACAUCACCGGCAGCAGUGCUACUCAGCCGACAACUAAAACAAAUGCAAUCAGACAAAGACAUACCGGGGAUCAGCUGUGGUCUCGUGGAUAACAACAUAUUCGAAUGGGAAGUGAUGCUGAUCCCCAACGAGGACUGCAAGUACUAUGGCGGUGGCUUCUUCCGCGCACGACUGUCAUUUCCCGAAGAAUACCCUCUGAUGCCGCCCAAGAUGAAGUUUGAAAGUCCCAUUUUCCACCCAAACGUCUACCCGUCAGGCGAGGUGUGCAUCUCCAUCCUCCAUCCGCCGGAAGAAGACAAAUAUGGAUACGAGUCGGCUGCAGAAAGGUGGUCACCGGUCCAGUCACCCGAAUCGAUCUUGAUUUCGGUCAUCAGCAUGCUGAGCAGCCCCAACGAUGAAAGUCCCGCGAAUGUCGACGCCGCAAAGAUGUGGAGGGAAGAUCCCAAGGCGUUCAGACGGAAAUGUCAGAAGAUUGUACGAGAAAGUAUUGGCGAGGAAUGA